GGCGGUGUUCCAGGUGCAGGCGGUGUUCCGGGAGCAGGCGGUGUUCCGGGAGCAGGCGGUGUUCCGGGAGUAGGUGUAGCAGUCGGUGCCCCAGGAGCAGGUGCGACACCAGGUGGAGCAGUUCCGAGCAAAACACCACCAGCAACUCGCAUAACAACACCGGUGCCGCAGCCAGGAGCACAGCCGGGUGUUCCUAAGCAGUGA